AUGAAGACGAUUGGAAUUGUCGGGGGAAUUUCCUGGCCAAGUUCAUCUGUCUAUUACAAAAAGAUCAACGAGUACUUCCAAACACGCACUCAAGUUGACGGUCUACAUACGCCUAAGCUUAUAUUAAUUCAAACGGAUCUGGCACUCAUUGUCAAAGCAGAAGAAGAAGACAAUUGGGACGAGGUUGGCAGACUACUUUCUGCAGAAGCAACCAAGCUCAAAAGGGCCGGUGCGGACUUCUUCCUCUUGGCAUGUAACACUGUUCAUGCAGCCGAUGGCUAUAUUGUCAAGAAUGUGGACCUCCCUAUGCUUCAUAUUGUGGAUGCAGCAGCAGGACAGAUAUUGAAGCAUGGUUUCACCACUGUUGGCCUCUUAGGUAGUCGAUACACCAUGACCGGAACGUAUUUUGUUGGACGCCUGAAGGAGAAGUACGGUCUGAACGUGUUGGUUGCCGAGGGGCAACAUGAAGAAAACGUUCACACUGCACUCUUUCAAGAGCUUGCGAGAAAUAUAUUUCUCCCGGAAACGCGCGAAAAGUUCAAAGCCGCGAUUGCAGAUUUGGUUUCACGUGGGGCGCAAGCCAUCAUCCUCGGAUGCACUGAGUUCGGAUUGUUAGUGACUCAAGAAGAUAGUGCUGUUCCUAUUAUCGACACUAGCAUAGCACAUGCGGAAGCGGCGGUUGAUUUGGCACUGAGUCCUGACUUCGGAGGUCUUUAG